AUGUCGGCGAGCAUCAAUCACGUGCCGCGGCGCUGCUACACGCAUCCUGGACACGUCUCGCUCCAGUGGGGCAGGGGCAUCUCCCACCUGCUGCUUGCGCUUCGCCGUCCGUCGAGACGGAAGCCUGGAGCCGACAAGUCUGCCAUGGCGGCUUCGCUGUUCUUCCCAUCCUCCGCCCCAGCCGCAUGUAUCUCCGACUCCCUCCCGCUAUUCCCCUCGCCGCCCGCAUGCCCCGCCAGUUCGUUUACUCCGCUCGGGCCAGACGCGGGGGAAGAGGUACAUAAGAGUAAAGUACAUGGGGCAGGCGGGUCGGAGUGGACGGUCCUCAGGAGAGGUGGCUUGCGCGACAAGAGGCUGCUGUGGACCUUCGCCCACGGCAUGGGCUCCGAGGCGCUCACCUGGGAGGCCAUCGAGGCCGCCGCGGUGGUCGGCACCGUGGAGCCGCAGGUGCCCGUGGUGACCCGGCCAGAGUUCUUCAGGUGCGCCCUCAAGACGGUCCACCUGGUCGCCGCCGAGCUCCGCGAGCGCUCGCGGGAGCUGGACCAGCGGAUCGCGGAGGAGCGCGCGGCCAUGAUGGGCACGGCGCCCGGCGCUCCGCUGGGUCCGGAUGGUCUGCCCAUCCCGCGCAGGCCUCCUGCGGCCUACGCGGGGCCGCGCGGGUCCAGCAGCAGAGAAGGCAGCGCAUCGUCGAGCGGCUCCGGCAGCGGCCGCUCUGGAUCGGGCAGUCGGUCGUCUUCGCGGGGUUCCCACUGGUCGCUGGCCUCUGGCCCUGGCGCUGCCGACUGCCACGCGCGGCGCGGCGGCGCAGGCACGGCGGGUGGCGCGGCCGCAGCCGCCACGGGGAGCGCAGCGGCGCAUGCGGCGGCCGCGCCUGGGGUCGGCAGGGCCAGGUGCGCCCCGCCGGCGGCUGACGGCGGCCCGCUCUGCGCCGCGCCCGCGGCCGCGCCGGAGCCGCGGCACGGGCUCGAGGAGCUUUUUCAUCCCGAGAUGACGCACAUGUGUGCCACGGCCUCUUCGCGGAUCGAUCGCCUGUACCUCAACCACCACGCCUCGGAGCAGAUCGACCGCGAGCUGCAAGCAGUGGCGCUGGAGUGGCAGCGCGACCUAUCGGCACAUCGCGUGCCGUCCUGGCUGCCCGGCGCGUCCCAGUCAGGAAGCGGUGCGGACGCCCCCGCUGCGGGCCUCCCGUUGGCCGACCAGGCGGAGGACGGGCUCGGGGUGGUCAUGCGGUGCAUCCGGGCGUCGGAGCAGGGGUCUCUCGCGGACACCUCGCAGUGCUUGCUGCGGCGCCCUCUCAUGUCCUCUUUGGCGGCGGACCCCUACGACCUGCAUGGCAACUCGACGACUUCCCCGCGUGCUCUCCGCGAGCACGCUGUGGAACUCGCCCAGGAGGCCGCGCCCCGUCUGCUGCGGGAGGCUCAGGGCGACGCUGGGGAAGGCGACGCCCUCCAGAUACGGCGGAAGAGGCAGCGAGGCACGCGAUUGCUGUACAAGCUGGCGCCUGGCCGCAGUUCUGGAGUUGGGGCCAUCAUCGACGAGCGCGGCAGCGUCGUGACAGGGGCGGCCGAUGUGGAGUGGGUGGCCGAGGACGCCGCCGACCAGGAACUCCAGGGCUCUCCGCAUGGGGCGGUGCACGAGCUCCAGCUCAGACCCUCGCUGCGCAAACACAUGGCGCGGGCCAGAGUUUGGGGGCGCCUCGGCCUGUUUUUCUUAUCCCUGCCAGCGUAG